AUGGGCUGGAGAAGGAAUGCAGACACAGAAGAGGUUAUAGAAAGAGAUGUGGCAGAGGAAACAAUGGAAGAUGACAGGGAAACUAAAGAAGAACUACAAAGCUGGAGAGAAAACAAGGCAUAUGAGGAGGUAAAUGACGUUGGACAAAAAGGUAUAUCUACAAGAUUGAUAGUAACUGAAAAGACAACCAUGAGAGUAUUCAGGGUCCUCGUGAGGAGAGAAUGUUCUAUUACAUUUUUAGCUUUUGUUGAUAUGAAUAUAAAGAUUCAUUUUAUUCUUUUAUAUUUACAGAGGGUCAAACAGCUUGAACAGCAGCUGAAAGGAGAGACCACAACUUCAGAUGGGGAUGCAGACACAGUGCACACAAGAGAUCAUUCUGUCUCAGUUAUAUCAAACACAUCUUUCGUUGGUGAAGUACAGAGUUCAGAUGGUAUUCCAGAUGAGAGAGAGAAAGAUAUACGCAACCAUUUCACUAGUCGCUGUUCUCACCUUUAUAUGAAAUUAACGUCAGCUGUAAGUCAGGCAUCUCUCUAUCAGAAUGAGUGCGAAUCGUUAAUGAAGCGUUUAGUCGUGAGUGAGGAAAACCAGACUUCUACCGAGGUGGAAGUGGAUAAACAGCGAGAAAAUGUCAGUUAUCUUAAGGAGACUUUGCAGACUACUUCUAGAAAUUAUGAAGAGCAGAUCUCUACUAUGUCUGAACAUUUAGCAGAUUUGAAUGAGAGAAUAGCAAGCCAGACAGAAUAUAUUGAACAACUCAAAUAUGAAAUUAAGAAAGAUUGGGACGCUACAAAUCAUUAG